AGGACUGAAAUGUGAAUGGUCGUUAUCCUGCUUAUAGUGGACCCCGAAGGUCCUGCGAUAUGCGGUCCUUUACCUAGAGCUUCGUACGUUUCAUGCGUUGUUUUCAAAUAUCCCAUAUUUUUUUCGCAGGUCGAACCUGGAGAUACGUUUGCAACAACCAAAGAAGAAGAAUGGGUGAGCAAAAAGACGACAGAAGUAACAAACACCAAGCAAGUUAAGACAAGGGUUAAGAGACAGGUUGUGCUACAAGAUGGGAAGAUCGUCGAAGACACUGGACCCAUGGUGGAGACAAAUACCACCGAGGACACCGAAAAACAGGAACAUCAUCAAACCGAGCUGCGACGAGUGGACGACGACAAGGAUAAAAUUCGUGCAAUCGAAGGCGGCAUUGAGACGACGGAUUUGGUUCCGGUUCCUAAUCCAGACGGCGUCGUCCGGGAAGUUAAAGAAAAACGCGUCAUUUCGAGAAAAGAAUUCGAGGAAACGAAAGAAACUGAAGACGUGCAACACUACGGCAAUAUAACUGACGAGGAAUUCCUGAAAGCUGUCAACGGUCCAGACAGCGAUUUACGAAAAAUAAUAUUGAGGGACCACGAGAAAGCUCUUGUUUCAACUGGUCCCCGACUCAUCAACGAAUCGCACAAAUCCCGUCAAGUUACAGACACCGAAGAAACGAGAGAAUUGAGUUCAGUAAGGCCUGACGGACGCAUUGUCACGGAAACCCAAAGGACGACCGAACACGAGGAGGUAAACGAUGACGAACUACCCGAAGAUGCACCCGACGUAAACGAACAUAAAGAAUCGCAUGAAAGGUAUUUCAAGGGACGUGAACAGGAAGACGUGGAAUACCUCAGGAACGGAGUGCGUGUGGGUCACGAAAUGAGGUACAGGACGGAAAACACUGAGGCAGAAAGAUAUGGAAACGGCUUGGACGAACCUGAUUACGAUUCCCUUCAAGCGAGGACCAGGAGGAGGCAGAACCAGAGAGUACCGGCUUAUAAAACACGCGGGCUGGGCGGUGCUGCGCUUCCCUCGGCAUCUCCCUUAGACAGAAAAGACGCUUUAACACGAAAGCCUCUCGAUUUCGACCAGGAGGAGGAAACGAGGAAACUCGAAACGUCCAAGUGGUUAGAGAAUCACUUUGGCAGUGACUCCCGUUCGUCUCACGAAUCGCUGGACGACGACGAUGACGACGACGACGACGACGAUUUCAACCCCCAAGCCGAACCCAUGCCCCCUCGCACUAACUAUUUUAACGUCACCAUCAAAUCACAACCAUCCCUCCAAACGAACUGUGUCGGUAAAAUUAAUGGACUUAGCAACGGUAUACCGAAACGUUCUGUUUCACCCCCUAAAGUCGGUAGAAUUAUCGAGGAGCAGAGGAAUAAUUGCACUACUACUAACGGAUAUUAUAAAGGUAUAGAAGAAUGGUCCAAUCGGAACAACGGAUACAGCCGAGAGAGAAUAAUCUACCCCUCCGCCCACGAUUCCCCUUCGCCAAUACGGGAGUCUCGACCAAUCGCAUCUACUUACUGCGAUCACUACGGGCGACCAUCCCCACCUCGCGACUACAGCAGCAGUCCCGCCCGCGAAUACCGGCGCCAAUCACCGCCUCGAGAAUACCACUCCUCCCCCGUGCGAAACUAUCGCAGUCCGUCUCCGAUUCGAGAGUACCGUGACUACGGACCCCCCUCCCCGAAACCGUACAAGGCCUCCCCCGCCCCUAACUACAGAAGUACGACUCCCACGCCUCCCCAACGAAAAAAAACUUCUGCGGAUAAACUAUACCGUUCCGAUAAAUACGAACGAUAUCGGACAGCUUCCAGAGAAGACUUGACGGAAGAACAACCUCUUGAAGAACCACCGCCGGAUUAUCCACCAACAAGUCCCCCAAGGGAAAGUUCACCGGGGAAAAAGCAUCAGAAAACGAGGUUUGCCGCUGAACCAAUUCGCGAGAAGAGCAGGGAGAAAAGUGGAAAUAUAAUUGGUCAGUCAAUUCGAAAACUGGUUGGAAAAAUCCGAUCAGCAAGCGCUGAACGUAAAGCGAAGCAACAACAGAGGGCGGCACAGAAACAAAGGUCACCGUCACCGUCGUACCAAAAGGGCCACAUCAUCGACACGAACAUUAGCGACAGCUCUCCGAUGAAUAGGCGAAGAGAGAGGGACGAUUCGGGAAGGAGGGGCGGUUCGCCGGUUCAUCGGUACUACUUGGGCGAAGACCCGUUUGGUGGUAGCAUUUACGGAAGGGAGAAUAAGUACGAUGGAGUGAAGGGGAGUUCCGGGAGGUCACCCAGAAAAUACCAACAACACCAUGGGAAUGGAGAAAACGAGAAUGACUACAGAUCUCACAGCACUCUUGGCAGAUUGAGUAAAUCUACCAGUCGACUCGAUCCGGCCAGGAGAGACGAGCGCGUUUCGCAAACAUUACCCAGACACUCUUCAAGAAACGAUCAAUCGUCAAGAUUGGAUAAACACGAUAAGACCGAUAGUACCAUCAACGUUUCGAUAAUAAACACAGUUUCGAAUCCAACUCAUCAUCAGAAUACAGGAAAAUACAUUUCAAACGGUACCCCACCGGCAAAACCAGCAAGGACUUUUUUAUCAAGAAGUAAAAGCUUUAACGUGGACCUGGACGGACCAACACGGACCAGCAUGUACCAGAGCAACCCUCACCUAAACAGGAUUAACGAAUCCCCUCUGGGUUUGAAAAGUCCAGGCCUUAUAACAAGCAUAAGCCGCAGCCAACGCGAUCUAACAUCGGAACCUAUCGACGAACGUCUCGAGCGUAAUAGAACCAACUUCAGCACCCUGAAUGGCACCAAUCGUUUCUCUAGAAACGGUUACAGUGAAUCAUCCCCGGAUUAUAAACAGAAGACGUUUCUGAAGGAUCUUCGUCAAAGAGCGCCGGAUCUCUACAGGACCCUUCACGAAAACGACGAACUUUCGGUUCACAAGCCGUCUUCCAGGGGUUACAUCAGUGCAGCACCCUCCAAGCCCUACUACGGGGACAUCUACGAGCCCCCGACGCGUUUACGGGACACAACGAACAAUGUUACCACCACCAUAGAAAAGAGCUACACUCCGAACAGCAGAACUGUUAUUACUAGGAGGGGCAGCAACUCAAGCACCGACUUUUCUGAAACUUAUCAUACAACAACCGAAAACAACGAUAAAAACAAAUCAACCGUUACAGAUACGGUGGAGAGUUUUAGUAGGAAAACUCUCCCGGCCAGAGGGGGCAAAGGAUUGGAGACGAUUCAAUCGACAGAAAAGAAAAUGGUCACAAAAAGUACUUCCAGGUACCAGCCACCGCCGCCCCCACAACCCACCCGUUACGAGACCUACGAAAGGAAGGGUUUCUACGAAAGUAGUGGUAGAAGUGGACCUGUGGUGAUCGAAGUUAGAAAUAACGGUUAUAGAAAAUGAAACAAUUAAUUAAUUACAAGAUAAUAACGUGUAGGUGAUUCGCGAAAUAACAUUAUGUAAUAAAUAUUAUUUUUUUUCA